CAGCUCCUAGCGCCGCCUCGCCGCGGCGGCCCCUCCUCAGGUGAGGGCUGGCACCGCCCCGCGCCCAGGUCGGAGUCCGGAAGCCCCGGGGCCGUGGCGGUCGGGCCAUGGCGGGCUCGGAGCUGUGGCGGUGGCUGAUCCUGCUGCUGCUCCUCUUCGUCUUCCCCAUCCCGCCCGCCGCCGCGGCCCUGCGGCUGCUGCUGGGCGCCGCGCCGCCCUUCACCUGCUCCCAGCCGGAUUUAAACUGCCUUGUAAGAAACAGUACCUGCAUGGAGGUGAGCUGGCUGCAGGUUCGGACGUGGACUCCUUCUGCUCCAAGCAGUCUUCAUGUCUCUUCUGACGUUUUCCGUCAGAUGGAUGGAAAACUGCUCCCUGUGCUUCGGAUAGAAUGGAAAGUGGCCACUGAUGCUAGCAUCCAGUAUCUCCAAGGGGCAGAGCUGGCUGUGAUGCAAGUGAACAGCAAUCAACAGAUCUGUGCCCAGUUUGACUUUCAGAACAACUUGACACUUCAGGUCCGUCCAGAUGGAGGCCGGUGGAAUUUCACUUUUGACCGUUUUGAAGUGGAACCUGGCCAGACUUAUCAAGUUACUGUCUACCACCUCCCCAAACUGGGUGUAGUUGGAGACUACAAUUACAAGUCCACAUCUCUCACAGUGCCUGAUUGCAAGGACUCUCUGAUGAAAAGAACCAUCCCAUGUAUAAAGACAGGCAGCUUGUGGGAGCCCAGGAUUCAAGGUAAAAGUCUAGAUGAUACAACUCUGCUUGUGAGCUUUAACCCAUGGAUGGAGUCAGCCCGAUACCAAAUUCAUGUGGCCAGUUUCCUGAAUGACAAGAAGUGUAAAAUGAUCACACGUGAUUUCACUGAGGGUGGGCUACAACAGCAAGUGAAUGUCACUAUCAAAAUAGAGAAAAACAUAAGAGCUUGCUGCAACUACAAAAUACAGAUUCAGCCAUUUUUUGCGAACUGUGGCACAGACUGUCUGAGACACUCUGCUUUCAUCCCAUGUUCACCAGCUCCAAGUACAGACCCAUCAGGUGAUAUGAUUAUAUGGCUCUACUGGUGUAUCACUGGGAUCUGUGUGUUACUGGUGGGAUCAGUCAUAGCAGGGGUAAUGUGUAUGACCAAAAAACGAGCAGGACACUGGCGAGGGAAAUGCAACCACAAUAAUUUGCAAACUGCAGCACCAUAUGCUGACCUUCCUCUGCCACCACUGAAGCCCCGAAAGGUUUGGAUUGUGUACUCUGCUGAUCACCUGCUGUACGUGGAUGUGGUGCUGAAGUUUGCUGAGUUCCUGAUGACUGUCUGUGGCACUGCUGUAGCCUUAGAUCUGCUAGAAGAUCAUCAGAUCUCAGAGUUAGGGCCAUUACCCUGGCUUACUCGACAGAAGAAGGAAAUGGAAGACCUGUCUUCAAAGAUCAUCAUCUUAUGUUCACGGGGCACCCAGGCCAAAUGGCAGGCGAUGCUUGGGAGUGAGCCUGUGUGUCUCAAGCAAGAUCGGCAAAAACCAAUGGGAGACCUGUUCACCCCAGCCUUGAAUCUGAUCCUCCCAGACUUCAAGAAGCCAGCAUGUUUUGGAAUGUAUAUAGUCUGCUAUUUUGAGGGGAUAAGUAGUGAGAAAGAUAUACCUGAUCUGUUCAACGUCACAUCCAGGUACCAACUGAUGAACAAGUUUGAGGAUAUUUAUUUUCGGAUUCAGGAUUUGGAGAAGUUUGAACCUGGGCGCAUCCAUCGAAUCCAGGAAAUCACAGCCGAAAACUACAUUGAUACCCCUAGUGGGAGGAAGUUGAAAGAGGCAGUACAGAAGUUCAAGAACUGGCAGACUGAGCACCCAGACUGGUUUGAGAGUGAAACCAUCUACCUGGAUAAUGAUGAAGAGUCGCUGUCCCUAAACAGAGAGAGCCAGGUGGAUUCCUUGCUGAGUGAACCAGGUGGAAUUGUGAAACACCAGCUGCAGCUACGGGAGCCUGACCCUAACUGCUCGUAUGUCAUCAGUCUCCACAUGCAUGAAGGUGAAAGUAGAGGCUGUAAGCUGCAACCUCAGCUUAAUCCAUGUGGGGAUAUGACUUCUCAGACUGUGGUCCUUCCUAUGGAUGAGGCUCCUCUAGUUCAGGUAGUAGAGCCAGUCUCUUCCAUGGAAGAUAGAAAUAUACUUGGCCAGCAUGUGCUGAGUAAUGAGGACUGUAUGGAGGGAGUUCCUCUUCUGGAGACAAGCGUUCCAAUGAGGAAUAACAUCAUCCUCCAUGAUGACUCUGAAGUUUCAGCAAUAGAUGACCAGAGUCCUGCAGACCUCUCAGGUAACCUGAGACACCAUCUGAAUGAACUUAUGCACUCUCUUUAUCAGCAGAGUGUCAUUCCUUCAGAGCCAUUUCUCUGCCAAGAGGAUGCUGACAAGCAACACCAGUUGGUCUUUGAUGACCAGUGCAAAGACCAAAGACAGUCAGUGCAGUCAGACCAGGGCUACAUCUCUAGAUGUUCUCCUUUGCCUCCUGAUGACCUUGUGGAGGAGGAGGAAGAAGAGGAGGAGGAGGAGAAUCAGGAAAACCAGGUGGUCUUCCAUGAACUCUCUGCAGAGGUCUUGAACAGUCUAAAGAGCCUCCAGCAGCAGCUGUUUUUCCAGGACAUUCAACGGAGCUCUGACUGGGAGUGUCCUGCUGAGGUGAUGGACACUGGCCAAUCUUUGGAGGACUGUUAGGCUCUAUCUGGAACCUGCUCCAUUCGAAAUACUGGGAUGGAAGGUGGUACCAUGCAUAGUGCUGAAACUGCAUUUCCAACACCAUCCUUGUUCUCAUAUCAUAAAUGACUUACUGGUAGGCUCUUCCUGUCUGCUGCUGGGAGGCAGGACUGCACAGCAGACUGGUAAUGCUGCUUCCAAUUCCUGGAGAGAAGCAACAAAUAUUAGCCACCUCUGUGAAAGAACAGGCAGUAGUUCUGUUCCUUGGGGAAAUGUAUUACAUUGAAUCCUCACUGAUGGAUGGCCCUGGCUCAUCCACUUGUGCCUUCAAAAUGCCUUACAGCUGUGCUGAUUCUGUUGCACUGGAUAAAAGUCAUGGCCAGAUUUUGGAAAAUAGAUAACAUGGCAAAACUUGCAUUGCCAUUUUAAUACACAUUUUAAAUAUUUCGUUGUAAAUACUGUGUUAAAGAUGUGUGCCUUAAACUCCAGCUAGGUUAGGGCUGUCUCUACCCGGUUGAUACAUGUAUCUAGAGAUUUUUAGUUUUGCCACUUGUUCAUUUCCAGCUGCAUUUCCAUGGCCAUUCAGAAAUCAAGUGGAGUAACAGAGCAGUAAGCAGGAUAAACUUCUAAAUUGGGAGUCUCCAUAACUCUCCUUGCCUCCCUACUGGGAGGAAUGUGCUUGAAAACCAGCAACAGGAGGAAGGGGGGAAAAGGGGAUAAUGGACCAAAAAAUGGGAUUCAGGCUUCUUAUACAAGAAGAAUCUGGGGCUGAAUAGAGAGUUACUGAAUCAGGGGAAUCUGAUGUAUUCUGUAAUGCACUGCUGCAGUGCUGUUUGCUUUUGGAUAUAUUAGCACCAGGAAGACUUGAACUGAAGAUGUGGAUAGUGACACACAAUUAAGUAAAUUAAAGCCUGAUUUGGAGGAGAAAAGAGUGUAGCUUCAGCAGAUGCUGGUUUAGAGUGGAGAUUAUAACUGAGUUAGGAGAGGCUGAGCUAAAAUGAGUCUAAGAUGUAUUUAUGUGGGUAUAAAUUCAAGCGCAGGUAGUUCAGGUUAAACAUUGUGAAAUGCUUGAUAGACGAAAGGGUUCAUCUUCCAGGAGCAGUGAUGGUAACUGUAUCAAUGCCAGUGGUUUUAAAAAGUUGGGCUCAAUACGCUAGUAAAGCUGAUUCCCUGUGAGUGAUCGUAUGUUGGCCCAUGUAGUGCUGACUGGGUGGCGGACUAGUUGAGGCUGGUGUUUACCCUGUUUGUUGUCAGGGUGUCUGCAGUCCAGCCCACUGGGUAACAGCCUGUGAGAUGUAGAUAGAUCUAGGCCUUUCUCCUUUCAGACAAGCUUGUCAUCGUCCUGUCCUUAUCAGUUUACUUGUCAAAAAAUCUUAUUUCAGCUUUUUGAAAAUCUGAUAUCUCAGCAGAAGAUAAUGUGUAUUAUGUGUAUAAUUUUUUUAUAACUUGUGGUUUGUUGCUUAAAUUAAAAGACAAGAAUACUUUUUGGAUAUAUUUACUCAAACACUUUUAUGUGCUCAAUUCCACCUAACUCCUUAUGUUAGUAUUCCGUACAGAAAUCUGAAGCAAAACUGAGAGCCAGAACUGAACUGGCUGACAAAUGCCAAAGCAUUCCUGCAAAGGGUUGUGGCUGUAUCCAGUUGAGCUGGAUACAGCUGAGGGCCCUCUUGUGUGGGAAGUGCAUGCUCCUUCAAAAUGGGUGUUAAAGAAGGGAAAUGUUUGUCAUUUGUGUGCAGGGCUGCCAGUGAGGACUGUUCAGACAGUUUGCUGUCUCUGCAGCCAGAUGCCUAGAAAGACUAACAAAGGGAUGGUCCCUGCAUAGAUCCACACUGGAAACUGGGUGCCACCUUCGUUUCCUGUCUGUACAGGACCUAAUCCAGCAGGGGCUAAGCCAGGGGAAGCUGUGAUCUCAGUGUGUCUCCAGCGAGAACCCCAUUCUCAGAAUAACUGUCAUCUUGAUGAUCCCACUUCUUAAAGUUUCUUUUCUCUUGCAGCAAUUAACAUGUAAAUCUGGUAUUUUUUUCCUCCAUGAGCCUCUUUCAAGUAGUAUGAAUUCCUAUACAUCAUUUAAAUGGGAAGCUCAGAAGUGUCAUCUGGAUUUUCUUGACUUAGUCAUUCCCUUCUCAAAUAGCUCCCGUGGUGUUACAGCUUUUAGAAUUUGCUUUCACUUACAAGAAGUUCAAGGGAAAAAUCCAGAUGCUAUUCUGGUGGUCCAGUGUGAGGAAAUCAAGUAACUUGAAUGCAUCUGUUGGUCCCUGAAUGCAAAAUCGAAUAGCCCAGCAAGACUCAAAGGAGGGAAAUAAAGAGCAAAAUCACUCACAAGUUUCUAGUUUUAUUUUAACAAUCUUGCUUUUUAAAAAAUACAAGUUCUGAUUAAUGCCAGGGGGAUGCCAAGUGUCCACUGGCCACAGGCCUUCUCUCACUUCAGUUUCUCCUCCUGGGAGUAGUCGUCUCUUUUGUCAGGAUAGCAAACGGAGCAAUAAAAUGCUAAAUGGCUGAGUUGUGUUAAAAGGCUUGUAACAGAAUCCCAAGGGGCAUUAUGGCACAACAUCAUUUGGCAAAGUGUUACUGACCUGGAGCAGUAAUUUUAAUGCUGGCAGAAUAAAUGGUUGGUGUGCAAGGUGCAUCAGGUGAGGUAUUGUUUGCACUUUAACGGUACCACUGUCACUCUUUUCUGCAAACGGAUCUAUUAUGAGGUGAAAGGUUUAAAUAGAAACAAGAGCUCAAUUACCAAAGAGAAGGGUAUUCAAAAGGAGAAGCAGGUUUAUAAACAAGACAUUGAAGAGCUUUAAAUGUGUUUCUCUGUAGUAAGUAAUUAAGUGGCAGCAGAGCUGCCCUUUUAGUUGCAAGGGGACUUCUGUGCAGCCAGCUAUUACGAGAGCUUUAUACUCUCCAAACAGCACAUUCACUAACAACCUAGAAACCAUGGCACUACAAAGAACUGCUUUUUCUACAAAGGAAUUCUGUGCAACAGAAGCAUCAUUUUGCAGGGUCAUCUGUCCCAGGCAACCUUUGCAUCCACGGACAAGUCUGAAUUGUGAUUUCCCUGUCACUGGUUUGCAUAUGCCAUGGCUAGAUAAACUUCAAAUAUGCCAUUUUCUCAAUAAUGUCCUAACUGGAAAAAGGCA